GUAAUUAUGUGGCAUCUUCGUUCGGGAUUCACUGGUUGACAAUAGCGCGCAGAGAUCGAUCGACCCACCUUCUUAUUCAAAUAAAAAAUAAAAUUUUUAAAAUGGAGAGAAAGGCGGGUCAGUCUUCAAUUUACUUGAUUCUCCCGCCUAACCAAAUUGGUUUUUAACUUUCAUUAUUUCUACUUCCCUCCCGACCCAUCUUCCUAACCAUUAACCAAGGAUGAGUGAUACAAAUGAGUUGCGAAAAACCCGUUCUGCACUCUGUAAUUUGACCAACCGCCCCCUUAAGAGAGGUAUUUCAGUGAUUUCGGGAGGCUCGGAGCUUAAAUCCGGAGAUGGGUAUGGUAGGAAAGUCGAUAUUCAAAUUGGGGAUUCAAAAUUUGCCAAGAAAGUCUGUUUAUUUAAAGGUGCCGAUUUUGAAGUAGAUGGUAAUGAGAAGGGCCUGCCAGUGCCUAAGGGAAAGGAACCUCAUGGUUCUUCAUCAUCUAAUUCCAGCGAUACUGAUGCCUCGCAGGAUAACAGAGAGUCUUUCAUCUCCAGUUUACGAAAAGAGAUCAAGAGGGCCAAUGAUUUGGAUGGCGGCAGAGUUCAUCCGAGUGCUGCAGCAGAAGGUGGUGAUGCCUCACAGGAAAGUAGAGAGUCUUUCAUCUCUAAUUUACACAUAGAUAUUAAGAAGGACGAGGAUUUGGAUGCCAGAAGAGUUCAUCAGAGUGUUGCAUCAGAAGGUGAUGAUGCAACAAGGGAUAGUUCUAUGUCUAGCAUUUCGAUGGCCACUUGCUCAGGAUUUUGGAAUAAAGAUUGUUCUGGUGGGGUGGCAUCGAAUUAUCAGGAUGAUGAUUUGAGACACGAUUCUGAUGCUACUAAAACUAAAAGUUGUCUUGCUCAUGUACCUGCAGUCACUCUUUGCAAGAAUAGCAAACAGGGUCGUGGUGCUGAUAAACAUGCUUCUACAAAAUGUGAUCCUAGUGAGUGGGUGAAGUUGUUUGAUCAAGCUGUUGAGAAAGUCAAGCAUUUGGAUGGUCGCAGGGUUCAUCAGAGUGUUGUGGAAGAAGGUGGUGAUGCCUCACAGAAUAGAGACAUUACCAUCUCUAAUUUACGCAAAGAAAUUAAGAAGGUUAAAGAUUUGGAUGGCAGCAAAGUUGAUCAGAGUAUUGCGGCAGAAGGUGGUGAUGCAACAAGGGAUAGUUCUUUGUCAAGCAUUUCGAUGGCCACUUGCUCAGGAUUUCGGAAUAAAGAUUGUUCUGGUGGGGUGGCAUCUAAUUAUCAGAAUGAUGAUUUGAGACACGGUUCUGAUGCUACCAAAACUAAAAGUUGUAUUUCUCAUGUACCUGCAGUCACUCUUUGCAAGAAUAGCAAAAAGGGUCGUGGUGCUGAUAAACAUGCUUCUACAAAAUGUGAUCCUAGUGAGUGGGGGAAGUUGUUUGAUGAAGCUGUUGAGAAAGCCAAGCAUUUGGAUGCCUGCAGGGCUCAUCAGAGUGUUGUGGAAGAAGGUGGCGAUGCCUCACAGAAUAGAGACAUUACCAUCACUAAUUUACGGAAAGAAAUUAAGAAGGUUAAAGAUUUGGAUGGCAGCAAAGUUGAUCAGAGUGUUGCGGCAGAAGGUGGUGAUGCAACAAGGGAUAGUUCUUUGUCUAGCAUUUUGAUGGCCACUUGCUCAGGAUAUCGGAAUAAAGAUUGUUCUGGUGGGGUGGCAUCAAAUUAUCAGGAUGAUGAUUCGAGACACGAUUCUGAUGCCACUAAAACUAAAAGUGGUCUUGCUCAUGUACCCGCAGUCACUCUUUGCAAGAAUAGCAAAGAGGAUCGUGGUGCUGAUAAACAUGCUUCUACAAAAUGUGAUCCUAGUGAGUGGGGGAAGUUGUUUGAUCAAGCUGUUGAGAAAGCCAAGCAUUUGGAUGGCCGCAGGGUUAAUCACAGUGUUGUGGAAGAAGGUGGUGAUGCCUCACAGAAUAGAGACAUUACCAUCACUAAUUUACACAAAGAGAUUAAGAAGGUUAAGGAUUUGGAUGGCAGCAAAGUUGAUCAGAGUGUUGCGGCAGAAGGUGGUGAUGCCUCGCAGGAGAAUCGAGAGUCUUUAAUCUCCAAUUUAUGCAAAGAGAUUAAGAAGACCGAGGAUUUGGAUGGUGGUAGAGUUCAUCAGAGUGUUGCGGCAGAAGGUGGUGAUGCAACAAGGGAUAGUUCUUUGUCUAGCAUUUUGAUGGCCACUUGCUCAGGGUUUUGGAAUAAAGAUUGUUCUGGUGGGGCAGCUUCAAAUUAUCAGAAUGAUGGUUUGAGACAUGAUUGUGGUGCUACUAAAUCUAAAAGUGGUCUUGCUCAUGUACCUGUAGUCACUGUUUGCAAGAAUAGCAAAGAGGCCUGCAGUGCUGAUAAACAGGCUUCUACAAAAUGCAAUCCUAGUGAGUGGUCGAAGUUGUUUAUGCAAAGUGUUAAAUCACGUGAAUUGGGGAGAUGUUCAACUCUUAAGGGUGAUGGUAGUGGUAAUACAGAUGUCAAUGAAGAGUUUCUAAAAGCAUGCUCUUGCUCAUUUUGUUUGAAAGCUGCUUACAUUUGGGCAGACCUACAAUACCAGGAUAUCAAGGGUCGGAUUUCUGCGUUAAAGAAGAGUCAAAAAGAAGCAAAUACCUUGGUUCAUAAGAGCUGCACAGAGGAGGCUAGUAUUCAUGGACGAGGAAGUCCUAUCAAAUCAUCAAGCCUUGAAUCUGAUCUCUCGGGUCAGUGGAGAUCUCUAUUUUGUCAUAUGGAGGACAUACUUAUUCAAGAAAGCAAUCAAUUACAAGCCAGUUUUCUCUCACUGAAAGAUUUGAGAGAGAACUGCAAGAUGGAUUUGGAGAUGUCAACGAAAUGCCCACAGAGAAACAAUAGUAUGCUUUCAAUGCUUUUUGGUAGUUUGUAUUGUGACUUUUAUAGUACCUUUUUUGUUGUUCUGCUUGCAAGCAUAAGCUGAUAUCAUACUUGCAUUUGAUGUAAUUUAAAGGGCUGCUGUAUCAAUGUUUUAGAGCUGUCGUGUAUCGGUCAAUUUUCUUGUAUUUGAGAGAGAACUGCAAGAUGGAUUUAGAGAUCAAUGAAAUGCCCACAGAGAAACAUUAGUAUGCUUUUAAUGCUUCUUGGUGACCUAAAAGUUUGUAUUUGUCAAUUUUCAUGUACUUUUAAAUCUUCAUUUUUUAAAGCGUGAAUUCGUUUCGAAUCAUGUUAGUAAAGAUGUUGACCAUGGAGAUUUAGUUAUCUGGUGGAACCUUUGGCUCGUUAUGUAUGUCAAGUUGAUGAUUCCUUAAA